AUGCCUUUAGCUGCACUACAACACGUCCCUGCACAAACUACGGUCGACACUGGAAGGCGGUGGCGCAAAGGUCUUGCCGUUUUUGCUCGUCGUUUUCGUAACCAUGGCCCUACAUCAACAGCACACUGCUCACGAAUGGCUAUGGCUGCAGCAACAGAAAAGGUGGUUUGGAGUAGACCUCCUGACGUAAAGUGUGAAGAUUUAACGGCACGUGAGUUUGCGCAGUUGGCAGGUAUCAAGAUCAAGGAUGAGAAUGAAGACAACAUGUUAUCGACUAUCACCACAGCAACUGCACCCCCUCCCUUGAUGUCCGUCAACAAUCAAUCCACCACUUGUACUUCACUUUCAUCUGAUUCUCGGCAACAACAACCUCGUAUAUGGGAUUCUGAUUUUUGGUGUUGCCAACAACAACAACAACAGGAGGCUCAUGAUGAGGAUGAUGAGGAUGCCAAGCAUUUGCCAGUACCCAAUGUUAUCAAAAAAGGUCGCUUCCGCAUUGUUGUGGGCCAAGCUAACGAUAUUGAAGAUGACCGAUCCGUUGCAUCUUUGCCAGUAAUGACACGUCCUCCACCACCUGUGCUCGAGUGGAAACGAAAACGAUCUUCGUAA